AUGACAGCACUAAAAGAUCCAAAGGAAAAGGUUCAUAAAGCUGCCCUCCAUGUCUUUCUACCUGCUCUGGGAAUGUGGUCAAGAGAACUUGGUCGCCUGGAGCACCAUCUCAUGCAUAACCUACUUAAACACUUGGAGGACACAGUUAAGGCAACUCCAUAUUAGCCCAUCUGGGGCAUCUUUUCUUAUGCUCAAAAUGCUUUUUUUUUAAAAUGUGCCAGGCACCUUCAGCAUGAAUUUUAGUUUAUGAGCUAGCUUUAAAUCAUUUCUUAAUAUAUUUAGUGUUAUUAGGUUAAAAAUAAAAUUGAAUAGGAUUAAUUUUAAAAAAUAGGUAAAUUAUCAAAACAUUGCCUGUUUACGUGAUAUUAUAUUUAUUACCUUUUCCAAAUGUAGUUGGCCUAUUAUAAAUGUAGAAAUAUUUCCUAAUGAAUAAAAUUAUUUAGUUUCAGAACUUUGAUGUACAACCACAAAAAUUUUAAAAAAUAAUUCCAUUUUAAUUUUAUUAAUUGAAGUAAUGCUCCUAACAGUGGUUGAAAAAAUGUUUUAAGAUUUAUUCUCUGUGCCAGUAAGGUAUCACUAUCAUUAAGUCACCCCUAUCACCAUAAGUUAAUUAGAGGGAGUAGAAAUUUUAUUAGAAGCUUGGAUCAUUGAGUCCCUGUCAGUGCUGAAUGUGCCUGGUCACUUUGCCCUUAACCAGAACCAUAUCUAGUGCCAUAUAAAAUGCACAUUUAAUAUAUUAAAAAGCAAACCUUGCCAAUGUGUUUAACCAAAUAAAGUUUUGGGGGAGCGUUAAACAAAAAAGAAGUGUAUGGCCUGCCAUAAGCAAUUUUCUAAUAGUUCUCUUAAAAUUUUAAUUAUUAUGAGUACAAAAUGAAGAGGGAAAUAUAAAUAACAGGUUUUGAAAUAAGUACAAGGAAUAAACAAACUUAAUUUGGAAAAAAAGUCAUAAUUUUAAUCAUAUUAAUUCUGAUUGUGGCUGUUAUUAUCUUUAUCAGGCUAUGGAUUUUAUAAGGCAUCACUUUUAGCCAUUUUAAGGGAAAGUAUUUUGCUUCUGAACAAUAAUGAAUUUAGUUACAGGAUCUUUUACUUGGUUGCAUACACAUUAGCAAGGAGUGUAUUUACCCAUGUGUUAGAUGGACAAGCUGAAAAUAAUGCGUAGUAAGUAAACCAGCAGAUUCAGUUCAUAAUUAAAUAUUUAUAUAGUUUCAUGUAUCCAAAAGUUUUAGUAUAUUUUAUAAGGUCCUCACCACUGAAGCACAUUGUGAGUGCUGAGGCUUUAUAAUGAAAUAUACAGUAUUUGACUUGGAUAAAAUCCUCUAUAAGAAGUAAUGAAUACAAUUGUUAUAAAAUCUGCAACAAAUCAUGAAAAGGCGUAAUUUACAGCUGUAUAGGAAAUACUGGUUUAUUUUGAAUAUGAAAUAAACAUUUUGAAUCUGUAACUUUUAAGCCAUAACAGCUUUUUAAAUUUUGAAGUAAUGAUUUUCUAAACUUAGAUGUUAAUUUUCUUGAAGUUCAAUAACAAAAAGAGGUAAUGUGUUUAUUAAAAAAAAUUAUCCACUGAAAAUAAAUUUCCAUUGCUGCAUUCUGUUUUAUUCCUACUUUUUUUUUACAUCACUGUUAUCAUAAAAAGAAAAAAAACAAAAGAAAUGGAACACACUUUGGGUUGGGCAAAGAAGUAAAAAAAAAAAUGCGUACAUUAAAAAUAAUUUUUUUUUUAAUAACUUAAUAGAAGUAUAUUUUUAUUUUAAGUUGAAAAAAAAAAAAAAUUCCUCCUAAAAAACUGGAUUUUCAAUCCUUCUAGCCACUUUUUGAAUGUUCAUUAAAAAAAAAAAUUAGUUAAUUAAAAAUAAUUUUUUUUUUUAAUAACUUAAUAGAAGUAUAUUUUUAUUUUAAGUUGAAAAAAAAAAAAAAAUUCCUCCUAAAAAACUGGAUUUUCAAUCCUUCUAGCCACUUUUUGAAUGUUCAUUCAUUUGAAAAAUGUUGAAAAUCACUAGUCUGGACAAUACUAUCUUAUGUUAAUUAUGAAUAGUAACAAAUUAUUUUAUAAUUAAUAACUUAGCUCGCUGUAAUCAUCUUGCAGGCUUUAGUCUCACAGGCCACAUCAUUUUGAGAAGACAGGCAAUUAAAGUAUUUUAUUAUCUGUAAUUGUAUUUGUUGUGUCUACAAGCUACAAGUUAACAUAAGAGCUUUGAUCUGUAGUGAAAGCCUUCUAUUUUUUUUUUAAAAACUCAAUGUUUGCUUUGAGGUAUUAUUUGAGUGCUUUAUUUGUCCAACUCCAAAGUUUUUCAAUUAUUUUUUUUUCUUUAAGAAAUCCAACCAUUGAAAAUAAAAUCUCUUUCCACCCUGCUUAAGUCCAUGGAGUCAGUGUUUCUUUUAAAUAACUAUACAAUGCUUUUCACCAAGCCAUGCUGCUCACCUCCCCUUACAUCACCAAUCCUGUUCAGUUUACGGGGUCUUCUGAGCUAAAAAUAUGACUGAUUGUGAGAUUUGGAAUUUUUAUUAUACUCAUUUUUUGUCUCCAAACGGAUGAAAUGUCAAUUUAACCUUUGUACUUACUUGGUUUAAUAAUUUUGUAUUUUAUUUUUAUUUUUAAAUUUCAAAAUGGCUUUUGAGCCUGCCAAUUAUGAAUUUUACAAUUCAUCUUCCUCUUUUGCACUUGUUAAUUGGUCAUAUGCUUUCCCCAUUAAGUCUAGAGCAGACGUGAGCAACCAUGGUCCUUGUCUCCUCAGCAUCUUCAUAGUUGGUCUGCCAGACUUUGAAAAAUAAUCUUCUGACUUUAAAAUGUUGUUUGAAGAUUUUUCACUGUAAAAAAACUAAACUUUUUACAAAUAAAGCCUCAAAAGGUUUUUAUGCCUACAUGUAAUAUAAGAAGUAUUAUAUAAUAGGAUAUUGCAUACUUUUAUAUUAAAGUAUUGUAUGUGGCAUUACCAGUAGAGAUCUUUUACCUCCUGCCUUUGAUGUGCACCUCCAUGCUUUGGUAUUAGGGCUGGGUUGCACGUGUCUAAUUUACAUGACAAAAAUUUUCAUGUACUUAAUUAAGGAGUAUAACACAUACACUAGAUAUUUAUAUUUGACUGCCUGGUGUAUUUUGUGAAUUUUACUUUCUCAAGUUAAAGUGGUGGUCAGAACUCGUUUCAUACUUCAAAAAAAUAUAAGUAUCAAUCUUAGUGAAAAUUUCAAAUGAAAGAAUUCACAUAUUCUGUUUUCUUUACUGAAAUAUUGUAUUGAUUUGUGGCAUUACCAGUGGCCUAACUAGGAUAAAUGGUGCGGUGCGCCUGUAAAACCAUGAGCUCUUCUCAACUUUUAAAAACACUAUAUGUAAGUUCUGAAAUUUAAAAAAAUAAUUUGUCGGGUUUUUUCCUCUGGCCCCUUCAGCAGCCUUCUUUAAGUGAUGAUGUGGGCAUGUUCCCUGCCUGGCCCACCUAGUUACGCCACUGGUGAUUGCUUAUUUUAUCAUGUCUUAAAUAAAGCUGUUCUAAUGUGGAAACACAGUAUUUCUCCAUGGCAUAAAUUAUUAAUGUUUUCAACCUAGGGUGCUGUUACUGCUCAAAAGGUCAACAGCUCAACAUCCCUACCACUGAACGAGAGUCGGUUU